AUGGGCAAGAAGAAGGCCUUCAUCGAGGACCGCGCCUCCGCGGCGCACUUCCACCUCGUCCACCGCUCGCAGCGCGACCCGCUCGCGGCGACCGCUUCUCAGCACGUGCUCACGCCCGCAGAGAUCUCUGCCAACCUGGGCCGCGCGACGAGCGAGCGUGCGUCGCAGUCGACGCGCGCGUGGGCCGCCGAGCAAGACCUCGAGGGCUUUGACAUCGCCGCGCACGACGCGGGAGCCCCCUCCAGCUCAAAGGACAGCGCGGACGGCGGCGCCGCAGCAGGCGGCGCUCGGGCGCUGUCGGCGGCGCAGCAGCGGGAGCUGCUCGAGUACGGUCUCAACCCGGCGGACAACUACGACUACCUUCGCCACCUCGCUCCGAUGGGAGGGGGCACCUUCGUCCCCGCCGACCAGCCAGCGCCAAAGUCGGAGGCGGGCUUCUCGACGCUCUCGCGGCUGUCGCGCACGACGCGUGCGUCGCGCGCGUCGGUGGCGGCCGAGGCGGCCUUCCCCGACACGGGCGAGGAGGAGCUGAAGAAUGCCGACCCCGAGCUGUGGGCGGCGCUGAUGGACCCGGACGAGACCAUUGACGACGCGGGCGAGGCGGAGGCCGCCCUGCGAGGUGUGGGCGAGGUGGACGACGACUUCGUGCUGCAGGCGGACUCGGAGCGCGAGACGGAGCUAGUCGAGUACCCGACGCCUUCGCGGCGGCGACGCGGGCGGCGGGCGGGCGCGGGCGGCGCGGCGGAGGGAGGCGCCGACGAGGAGGCGGAGCGGGUGGCGGCGGCACUUGCGGCGCGGGGGGCGGCGGGCCGGCCGGCCGCCUUUCUUCCUGCGGCCGAGUUUGCGGGCGCGCGGCAGGGGUACGCAUACAAGGUGGGGCCGCUGGGGGUGGGAUACUACGUGGACGGGGAGGAGGAGGAGGAGGAGGAGGAGGCGGCGGGGGGGGCCGCGGCGGCGGCGGCGGCGGCGGGGGCGAGGCGGCGGGCGGCGGGCGGGGGCGGGAGGGGCGAGGGUUGCGAGGUGCGGCUCCUCGACCGGCAGUUUGAGCGCCUGAUAUGCGACUACUCUGACGACGAGAUUGGAGAGCUCGAGCAGGACGACCCGACCGCGGACAAGGCGGCGCGGCGCGCUGAGAAGAAGGAGACCAAGCUCGCGUUCAAGACGGAGCGUUCGCGGCAAGUGGAGACGCAGCAGCGCACGGCGCAGGUGCCGGCGACGAGCCUCUCUGGCGACAUGGCGGUUCGAGCCCGCUGA